AUGAAGAUUUUGUAUAAAGCUUUAUUUGCCAUUAGUUGCAUCGUAGCUACAGGUCUAGCCGAUCCUCAAGCAAAAGAAGCAAACGGUAAAGGAGGAGGUAAACCUACAGAGAGGUUAACCUGUAAAAUUGUUGAACCUGCUCCAAAUACAGUAUGGACAAUGGGUCAACCUCAGACCGCUUCUUGGUCAUGUAAUGUUAAGGGUCCCAUUGAAUCACAACCACCUGAACAAUUGAUUCACAUAGAAUUGGGUACUGGUACCAGUCGCGAAGACUUUUUAUACGUUGAUACUAUCGACGCUAUUGCUAAAGCUCGUGAGGUCAAAUUUACUUGGAAUUUACUUGAAACAUAUCCGGAAGGAACAAAUUAUAUUGUAAGACUAAGAUCAAAAUUGAAGGGAGAUCCUGAACCUGUCACCGUUGAAGAAGCAAAUUUAUUACCUUGGGUUUAUUCUGGCCCAAUUACCAUUAUUAAAAAAGGAACUGAUCCCAAAUCACUUCCAAAAGCUGUAACAAAGACUCCAACAAAUGCCGUUCCAGAAACUAAUGCAAAAUACCCUGAUGCCAAGGUUCCAAACGCUCCAAAAACUAAAGAAGCUGAUGGACCAAAAGGCAAAGACGAAGCUAAAACAAAAGCUGUUGAAGGCACCACCGCUAAACCUGAUUCAAACGCAAGCGCAACACCCGAUGCCAAUUCUGCUGCUUCAACUGAGCUUGGAAAUAUAUUAUUAUUGGGAUUGGGCAUGGUCUCAUCUUAUUUGGCUUUGUAA